AUGAAUCUUGUUAUUAAAGUAGGCGGUUUAGUUGCUGUUGCUUUCCUGGUCGGUGUAAUGAUCACUUCGACAGCAGCUGAUUGUAAUGUCUGCAAUGCUGGAAGUAACACAGCCUGUGUUUCGAAAACUGAAUAUCGACAAUGCAAUUCAAGCAGCAAACCAUUCGGUGCCUUAUUUCAAUGCGAAGACGGAGAAUUCUGUUCCAUAUUGGGAACAUGCACCAACGUAAAAGAACUUGCCGAAUGUAAUAAUUGUGGCAAAUGUGAUGAAACUAAGACAUUUGCCUGUAUUGGUACGAAGACGUUUAAAUUAUGUCUUGGAACAGAUAAUCUAUCGGAUUUUGAAGCUACUUGUUUUAACGAUACCGUGUGCAAUUCUAAUGAUGCACGUAUUUGUGUAGAGGAAGCCGCAACCUGUUCAUUUAGAGAUGAUCCAACUACAACAACGACGACAACAACAACCACUACGACAACACCUUCGCCCAAAGAUGAUCCUGUUGGUUUUUGCGCUUCGAUUAAAACAGAGGGACGUUAUCCAGUUGGUUCAGAUCCUCAAACAACCUGUCACCAAUAUGUUCACUGCUUGAAUGUCAACGGAGUUUGGUAUGGACCUACAUACAAUUGUCCCGGUAAAACCUACUAUGAUAGUGCCCUUAGAGCCUGUGUAGCAACCGUUCCAGCACAUUGUAGUGCAAAGAUUUCCAGUUUGUCUUUCCGUAGUAUUUUACUGGAAUAG